UCACGCGCCUAUAUUGUAUAUCUCUUUGAAAAACAAAAAAACAAACCCUACUACAGUAAUACUGUAAAUUGUUCUCCCUGACGUCUCCCACUCAUCAAACUCUCCGAAACAACGUUACUGCCUGGCUCUAAGUUGUUGUGGCUGAUUCCAGAUCCUACAGAACAAGCUCUAAAUCCCUUUGUAUUUCCAGGACUAAUGGCUGGGCGUGAUGAUUCCAAUGGGGCAAAAGAAAAAUCAGGCAAUGGAAUAGAUGAGUUGCCGACAUUCAGUGCUGAAAAUAUGCAGAACAAUAUGAAAAUCAUCUACUACAGCCGCACGUUCAUGUCCAUCAUUGGUGGUGUAAUUGCUGGAAUUCUGGGAUUAACCGGCUUGAUGGGCUUUAUAUUAUAUUUUCUUAUCAUGGGAAUUACGUCAGCAGGAUUGAUUGCAAAAGCCAAGUUUUCGGUCUUUUCAUACUUUGACAACUGGAACCGGAUCAUACUUGAUGGAUUCCUCGGGGGACUAUUGUCGUUCGUGCUAUUCUGGACACUUGCAUAUGAUAUUGUCCACAUAUUCUGAGGUUCUGGAAUGGAAAGGGGAUCAGUGACAGGUGGUGCCAUUUGAAGUAAUCAGCAGUCUCAAAAACUCUCCCAAGAAAAAUAUCUUGUAGAAUUUUUCUAAUUUGACUUCUGAUAUUAUCCCUUGUUUUCUUACCAUUCUUAUCAGUUGCAAAGAUUGUGAAAGCUAAGUAGAAAAGAGAGUGUUGUCUCUCUCUUUUUGUGUUCUUUUUCCCAGUUUGUUUUACUUAGCAUGGACAUCCUUUUUGAGGAUUCAAGAAUUCACUACUUGACUACUCUGAAAAAAUUAAAUGUGUUGUAACUUUUUUUUU